CAUUCAAAGUGUCCAGACAUAAAAUGAAACAAGCAAAUCUUUUAGUGAGCUGUGUUUGCUUGCUAAUCUUCGGUUUGGAGAUUACAUUGGCAUAUAGUGCAUCGCCUAGUACGAACUAUGGUGGUCCCAGUGAAUCGCUUAUCAAACAAGCCAAAGAACUUGGAAUUGAGGCGAACAUUUUGACGGAAUUAUGGAAUUCCAAGCAACCGGUGAUUGUGACCAAGCCGGAUGCCUUGGGUCAGCUUAAGAAAACCACAUAUGCCUUAACAUCCGACAAUUCUGGCAUUACCAAAACAGAUUCUACGGAAUAUUUGCCAACCCAUGUGGAGCAGAGUCCUCAACAGAAUUCUCAACAGAGUCCUCAACAGAGUUCUCAACAGAGUCCUCAACAGGAUUGGGAAUAUUUGCCACCUACACAAACACGAAGAGUCAUAUCGCAAACAUAUCUGCCAGGUUCAUCUUUUGGUACAAAUUUUGGUGGUAACUAUGGAGCAAACUGGCCAGAUUUUGGCUCUGGAUUCCCAUCAUUGUCUCACAACUGGCCCAGCUUUAGUUUUCCAGCCGGUGCGGUGCCUGAAACGUCAACUAAAACUGAGGUCGAUGACCAGGGGCGCACUGUGACGACCACAACAAAGAUUUUUCGCAGUAACGGAAACCCCAAUCAGGCCCAACCAAAUUUCUUUAACCAACCGUGGCCCAAUUGGCAGCCCCCUCAGGCCCCGGCUAGACCGGAGUCGGGAACAAAUGUGGACCAGGCUGGCCUAGAAACGACAACGAUUGCUGGAAUAGCUCCAACCUAUGUGCCACUGCCUACAGUGGCGUCAACUAAUCCAGGUGUGAAAACAACCACACCAUUUCCGCCUCUAGAUGAAUUUAUACGCUCUCGAAACACACCUCCAACUUUGUUUAAUACCGAUGUAGAUGACUUGCCCACUGUGGAUGAUCAGGGAGUACCUAUAUUCAACAAUGUGCCCUCAACACAAACACACACUCGAGUGACCACAUACACGUCGAACUUUAAUGGUGAUGCCGCCAGAAAAAUUGCAAAUCUUGAUCCCUCGGCUCGGGAUAUGCUGGCACGUGCUGGCAUCACGGAGGAGGAUAUUCAAAAUGCUCCGCCAAGUGGCAUUAUUGAGAAAACACGAACCGAACCCGAUGGUCGUGUUGUGACUACAAGAGUACGAGUGAGCAGUUCGCCAAAACCACCAUCUGAACCAUUACCACCCUUGCCCACAGUGAAACCCUAUCAAACAUCAAUUUCGAUUCCAACCAAAACUAAUUCAGAUACAUCCAUUGAGAACUAUCUGUCACAAGUGAAUCUAAGCCCAGAAGACAUUCUUGCUCAGAAUGGAGAAGUGGUCAAGACAAUUGUGGACAAGGAUGGCCGUGUCCUAAGUGCCCGGUUCGUUUUGAGCACUAUCAAGGGUUCAGAGAAUCAACAGGAAUUGCCCACCAAGUAAAGUCGUUUACAUUGGGAAUUUGCCAAUUCUGAAUAAUGUGUAAAAAAAAAAAAAAAAGAAUACUAAUCAAUAAACGAGUAAAUAAAUGUCUUAUCAGUUUAGGUUAAACCUUGCGAAUACAAACAAAUCGACUCUUUCGCUUAGAACUGAGCAAAUUGAUAACAACAGAGGGCAGGAAGCGAAGGGGAAAACGGUGUGCCGCUCAGUUUCUUUCAAUAUAUUGUAAGCUCUCUAGUAUAUAAAUAUGUCUAUAGAUGCCUUAGAAAUCGUUUUGUUUAUUAAAUUGUUCGCUUCGAUAAUUAAAAUUGAGCUCCAUAAGA